CCGGGUUGGGGCCGAAGGCGGUUAAAGCGGUUGCGGCGGCAUCCGGAGUAACACUGAGAUCUUCCGGCGGCGGGAACUGGGGUCAUGGAUCAUAUCACGGUACCCAAGGUAGAAAAUGUGAAAUUGCUGGAUCGUUAUGUGAGUAAGAAACCAGCUAACGGGAUUCUUUAUCUUACUGCAACCCACCUGAUCUAUGUGGAGGCUUCUGGUACAGCACGGAAAGAAACAUGGAUUGCACUCCAUCACAUUGCCACUGUGGAGAAGUUACCCAUCACUAGUCUGGGCUGUCCCCUAACACUCCGCUGCAAGAACUUCCGGGUGGCCAAUUUUGUCUUAGACUCUGACCUUGUGUGCCAUGAGGUUUAUAUUUCACUACUCAAGCUUUCUCAGCCAGCAUUACCUGAAGAUCUUUAUGCUUUUUCUUACAAUCCCAAAUUCUCGAAAGAGAUGAGGGAAAGUGGAUGGAGACUGAUUGACCCAAUAUCAGACUUUGGGCGUAUGGGAAUACCCAACAGAUACUGGACUAUAACAGAUGCCAACAGAAACUAUGAGAUAUGUAGCACCUACCCUCGUGAAAUAGUGGUUCCUAAAUCUGUUACCUUGGGAACGGUGGUUGGAAGUUCAAAAUUCAGAAGUAAAGAACGUGUCCCUGUGCUCUCCUACCUCUGCAAAGAGAACAGUGCUGCCAUUUGCCGCUGUAGCCAGCCUCUCUCUGGAUUUUACACUCGCUGUGUAGAUGAUGAGCUCUUGUUGGAGGCCAUUAACCAAACGAACCCAGGGAGCCAGUUUAUGUAUGUUGUAGACACAAGACCAAAGUUGAAUGCCAUGGCCAACCGAGCAGCUGGGAAAGGGUAUGAAAAUGAAGACAACUAUGCCAACAUUCGCUUCAGAUUCAUGGGCAUUGAGAACAUCCAUGUGAUGCGGAGCAGUCUGCAGAAACUUUUGGAAGUUUGUGAAUUGAAAACUCCAACAAUGAGUGAAUUUCUUAGCGGCCUGGAGAGCUCAGGGUGGUUAAGACACAUUAAAGCUAUUAUGGAUGCUGGAAUUUUCAUUACAAAGGCAGUGAAGGUAGAAAAGGCCAGUGUCUUAGUCCAUUGUUCUGAUGGGUGGGACCGCACAGCACAAGUCUGCUCGGUAGCCAGCAUCCUCCUAGAUCCAUUUUAUAGGACAUUCAAAGGACUCAUGAUCUUGAUAGAGAAGGAAUGGAUAUCCAUGGGCCACAAAUUUUCCCAAAGGUGUGGCCACCUCGAUGGAGACUCUAAAGAAGUGUCCCCUGUCUUCACCCAGUUCCUAGACUGUAUUUGGCAAUUAAUGGAACAGUUUCCUUGUGCCUUUGAGUUUAAUGAAAACUUCCUGCUGGAGAUCCAUGACCAUGUUUUCUCCUGCCAAUUUGGAAACUUCCUUGGAAACUGCCAGAAGGAUCGGGAAGAUCUAAGAAUCUAUGAGAAAACACAUUCUGUGUGGCCUUUCUUGGUUCAGAGGAAAUCAGACUUCAGGAACCCUCUCUAUAAAGGCUUCACUAUGUAUGGGGUACUCAAUCCUAGUACUGUGCCCUACAACAUUCAGUUCUGGUGUGGGAUGUAUAACCGCUUUGACAAAGGGCUGCAGCCCAAGCAGAGUAUGCUAGAGAGCCUCCUGGAAAUUAAGAAACAGAGAGCAAUGCUGGAGACAGAUGUGCAUGAACUAGAAAAGAAACUAAAAGCCCGUGAUGAGCCACCAGAAGAGAUCUGUACCUGCUCUCAAUUAGGAAACUUAUUAUCCCAACAUCUGGGAAGUCCUUUGACCAAUCCUCUUGGCUUUAUGGGUAUUGAUGGAGACCUGAAUACCUUGAUGGAGAAUGGCACCCUCUCCAGGGAAGGAGGCCUCCGAGCUCAGAUGGAUCAAGUAAAAAGCCAGUGUCCAGACCUCCACCAUGACUGUUGUGGGAUUGUGGGUAGCCUUAGGGCCAUAAAUAUCUCUGAGGAUGUGGGCAUCUCUGGAGACACAGGCAUCUCUGAGGCCAGGGGCAUCUCUGGAGACAUGAGUACCUCUGAGAGUACAGAGUUCUCCAGAGACUUAGGAAUCUCUGGGGCCAUGGACAUCUCUGAGGCCACGGGUAUCUCUGGAAACAUGGGUAUUUCUGAGGCCAGGGGUUUAUCUGGAGACCUGGGUUUCCCUGGGGACAUGGGCAUCUUGGGAGACAUAGGCAUCUCCAAGGCCAGCACCAAUGAAGCAGACUACUCCAAGCAGCAGUGAAUUAGUUACUCAUCUGCUUCCAUGCUAGGUACACCUAUAGCAGCUACAAUGAUUAUUGCCCAGAGAGGGCUCUGCUACUUUUCCAAUUUGUUUAAGUGGGUGAGGCCAGGGCACCCCUCUUCCCAUUGAAGAGUCUAGAAGGAAAUUACUUUACUGAUUAAGUGACCAAUAUGUUCAUAUUAAGCAGUACAGAGUAUAGCCAAGGCAAAGAAUAUGUUAUUGUUCUAAAAUGGGAUUUAACUAUAGAAAUGUUGCCUCUCAGCUGAGACAUGUAUUAAGCUGGUUCUACUAUCUGUUUUUCUUAAUGAUUGACCUUCCCUAUUUUCUACCCUCACUGAUGUAAUGUGAGAGUGAAUGGAAGUAUUGUCACAGUGGUCAAUAACGACCCAUUUGAGGGGAUGGAGAGAUGGUAUACACCAGGUAACUAAAUUGCAGAAUAUAUUAAAAGAAAAUUUUA